AUGGCCACGGCAACCAUCACCGAGUUCGUGACCAGAACCGUCAAUGCCACCGCGGCAACUGCCACCGCUUCCAACAGAGCAACCCCCCAGGGCGGAAUCUUUGAACAUGUCAACCCGACCCACUAUGACCCCAAAACCCCAAUCACCUUAUUCAUCAUCCAGGCCAGUAUCGUCAUUGUCCUGACUCGCCUCAUCCACUGGCCCCUGACCCUGCUCCGCCAGCCCCGAGUCAUCGCGGAAGUCCUCACCGGCAUCUUGCUCGGCCCGUCAGUCAUGGGUAGGAUCCCAGGCUUCACGAGCCAUAUUUUCCCACCUGCUUCCAUGCCGGCCUUCUCCCUAGCUGCCAAUCUCGGUCUCGUGCUGUUCUUGUUCCUCGUCGGUCUGGAAGUCGACAUCCGCUUCCUCGUGAGCAAUUGGCGGAUUGCCCUGAGCGUCGGAGCCCUCGGAAUGGCUCUCCCUUUUGGCCUCGGUGCUGGUAUUGCCUACGGUCUUUUCCAUGAAUUCCGUGAUGAUUCGGGCCUGGCUCCUAUCAGUUUCGGUAUCUAUAUGCUUUUCAUUGGUGUUGCCAUGGCUAUCACGGCAUUUCCUGUCCUGUGCCGUAUUCUCACAUCACUUAAACUACUCGGUACGCCUGUGGGAGUGAUUGUUCUAUCUGCCGGUGUUGGCAACGAUGUUGUGGGCUGGAUUCUCCUGGCUCUUUGUGUUGCUCUAGUCAAUUCUGGUGCUGGGCUGACCGCUCUGUGGAUCCUCCUCGUCGCCGUCGGGUACAGUCUUCUCGUAGCCUACCCUAUCCGUUGGGCCUUGCUCUACCUCCUCCGUCGAACGGGUAGUUUGGCUAAUGGCCCUACUCAAACAGUGGUUGCCGUCACUGUUAUGCUCGUACUUGCCUCGUCAUUUUUCACUCAAAUCAUCGGUAUCCACGCUAUUUUCGGUGCCUUCAUGAUCGGUCUGAUUUGCCCCCACGAAGGCGGCUUUGCUAUUAAACUCACCGAGAAAAUCGAAGAUCUAAUAUCGAUUCUGUUUUUACCCCUUUAUUUCGCUCUUUCGGGCUUAAAUACCGACUUGGGUCUCCUUAACAGCGGAAUCACCUGGGCCUAUGUGGUUGGUGUGUGUGCCAUCGCUUUCAUCGGCAAGAUCGCCGGCGGCACGCUUGCUUCCCGUUUAAAUGGACUUGUCUGGCGAGAGUCUCUUACCAUUGGAUGCCUCAUGUCUUGCAAGGGUCUCGUCGAACUUAUUGUCCUCAACAUCGGACUGCAAGCCCGUAUCCUUAGUACACGAACAUUCACAAUCUUCGUCGUCAUGGCAUUGGUCACCACAUUCGCCACUACUCCUUUGGUCGUGUGGCUUUACCCACCAUGGUAUCAACAAAAGCUCGAGUUGUGGAAGCAAGGAAAGAUUGACUGGGAUGGAAAUCGCCUUCAUCAUGAUGACGACGAGGACGAGAGUUCUGACAGUAGUGAGCAGAACGCUCUGAGGACGGCUGAAGUGGCACGGAAAGUACUGGUCUACCUACGCCUGGACGGCUUGCCUUCUCUUUUCACGAUGGUAUCCCUCUUUGCUCGAAAACGUGAGGACUUGGACACACUUUCACCUCCAAGCUCUCCAGUGGCAACCAGAGAGGGUGAGCUGGCUGAAGCUGUUAUGACACAACCACAAGCCUUGAGUUCCGUUGUCACCCUUCGCCGGCCACUGCAGGUACACGGUCUUCGUCUGAUGGAAUUGACAGAGCGAGAGUCGUCUGUAAUGCGAGUCAGCGAGAUCGAGGAAUUCGCCUCGCGCGAUCCUGUGAUCAAAGCCUUUGGCACUUUCGGCCAAUCUCGAGAUAUCGCUGUGGGAGGACAGAUCGCCGUCGUGCCUGAUCAUUCCUUCUCCGGUACUCUACUCACUCGCGCCCGAGAUCUGAGAAGUGAUUUGAUCCUGCUACCUUGGUCCGAAACCGGCACGAUGAGCGAAUAUCCGAGCCUCUUCGACGCCAAACCAGCGAAUCCUCUAGCAAACAUGGAAUUUUCAUCCCUCGCGGCCGAGAUAUUCCGCAAGGCACACGACACCUGCAGCGUGGGCGUCCUCAUUGACAAGACUGCACUCACCGCCGAAAAUUCCACGACCGACAGCUCAGCUGAAGCGCGAGCACCGAGACCCCUAGCCCGCACACUGACAGGAGUGAGCGUCGCCGAGCAGUUGAAGUCAAGUGUGCACUUCAAACUCUCCGACUCCAGCCGCUACCGCCUCUUCGUGCUGUACAGCGGGUCCGACGAUGACCUGUACGCCGUCAAACUCGGCCUGCAGCUUGUGAAGAACGAAGCAGUCGACCUGAUUAUCCUCAACGUCCGCCCCACCCCCGUACCACACGACGACGACGAAGGCGACCACGUGCUCGAAAUCAAAGACUCUGGCAACGGCGGGGCUGCAAAAUCCCGCAACGCAGACUUCGAAUUCGAAACCAUACGCACCUCGCUCCUGCACUUCCUGAGGCGGCGCGUCACCUUCGUUGACCUGGACAUCUCGCCCCUGGACGCCAUCACCGCGGCGAUCGCUGAGCCCUCCGCCGCCGAGACGAUUGUACUCAUCGGCCGCGGCGCGCCGGCGUCGUCAUCAGGCGCGCUUUUCAAUUCGCUGUCUAAUUCCGGCAUCCUCGGCGGAGGGAGCUCUUCGACCGCUGUCGCCGGUGACUCCAGAGCCCUCGGGCCCUUUGCCACCCGGCUCGUGCGCUCCGUGCGUGAGAAGGGCCUCGCAACUGCGCUGCUUGUGGUUCAGGCGCGUAGGCAGAUAGACGAUGAGGCUGUGGGUCCCGCUACUGCAACCGCAGGAGCUGUCCCAGUCGCCAAAGACGCGAAAGGCAGUGUGUCUGUCCCGGCUGGAAAUCAUCACUUAAUGCGUAAGUCGAGCCAGAUGAGUGACGAUUGA